UUGAGGUUAUGUUUGAAUGUUAUCAAUGGUUAUCAAUCCUAUCCAGGGACCAGAGAUCUAUAUUCUAUAACUUCUAGAACAGCAAAACUCGUCCCUGUCCUACCACUUAUCAGCCUUUGUUGUCAGCACAGAUUACUUAUUAACUCAUAGAAUUAUCACAGUUUUUAGUAGUGCGGUUGAAAAUUGAAAAUCAGUCAAGUGAUUCCGUGUACAUUCUGCUACUUUGAAAGUGUUAUCGUCUCUUAUUCUUAUCAUUCUCACCCUACGAGAAUAUAAUACAUUUUUCUCACUUGGUGAAGUUGCUAAUAACCCCCGUUUGUCAUCAUUUCAUUGUGUAAACAAUGUUGCAAGGAUUCAUCAAAACUGAAGCUUAAUUUUUUGCAUUCUCCUACAUGGCUCUCAGCAGAAAGGAGUUCAUCGAAAAAUACAAGGAGGAUCGUCCAGCUGCAGCUCACUUUGCUGAAUGCAUUUCUAGAGCGUACAUGACAGGAGUUGCUUUCUUUGGGAUCGGUGCUGUAUCUUUUCAUCUAGCGCAACUUGCCUUUAAAGAAAGACUGCCUUAUUCUCCUCAAAUUCGAUUAGCCUUAACUCUCUUCUUUGGGACAGGGGUUGCCUACCAGGUUGGUGCCAAAGGUAUGAAAGAGUGCCAAGCUGCUUUCAUGGAGGAAGAAGGAAGGAAAUCACCUCCCACCUCAGGAGCACUUGAAGAUCUUAGCGACCUGUAAUUCCUGCAUACUACUUCAAAACAAACUAAUAUUAGACAUUCUAACUUUUUCAAAAUGGCAUUUAG